AUGUCCGGCGAACACUCUGUGGCCGUUGAUGGCGAUAAGCAGCCUGUCGCGGAAAAUGUCGCGGAGCAGUCAGAUGUCGGAGCUCACACUGUGGAGAGUCAGACAUCUCUCGACGAGGUUGAGUCGGACGAGCAUAGUGUCGCCAACAUCGAGCGAAUCUACAGAAAACUGGAUCGCCGCAUUAUCUCCGCGUUCUGGAUCCUCUACUUCCUUUGCUCGGCCAUUCGGUCCAAUGUAGGUCUGGCUCAGACCAUGAAUGCGGACUCGGGCCACGAUCUCGCCGAUGUCCUUCACCUCACUCCGCAUCAGAUCUCAACAGGUCUGGCCCUAUUUUACGUCUGCUAUGUAGUCUUCGACUUGCCGUCGAAUCUCAUCAUGACCCGCCUCAGUCCCCACAUCUGGAUGAGCCGCAUCGUCAUCAGCGUCGGUUUGAUCGGAAGCUGUCUCGCCGCCAUGAAAGCCGCCUGGAGCUUCUAUCUCCUCCGCCUGCUCCUGGGUAUCGUCACAGCAGGAAUGUGGCCCGGCAUGACCUACUACCUAACACUCUUCUACCCGCCAUCCCGAAUCGGCAAACGAAUCGGCCAGUACUUCACCGCAUCCCAAGUCUCCGCCGCAGUCGUGGGUCUGGUCUCUGCCGGCUUCCAAAAGAUGGAUGGCGCAAAGGGCCUCGUAGGCUUCCAGUGGAUGUUCCUCGUCUACGGUGUCAUCACCGUUGCCCUGGGCUUUGUGCUCCUCUGGUGGCUUCCUGAUCGCCCGACCCCGCCUGGCGAUGAGCCUCCCAAGCGCAGCAAGCUGAUGCGCUGGGUGCCUGAUAGUGCGCCUGCGCUGCAAGGCCAAGACGCCAUCGUCCACUACCAUGAUAUGAAACGGGUGUAUCAUGCGCGGCCGUGGACGCUGCGUGAUCUACUAGCUGUGUUCUUGGACUGGAGACUCUGGCCCUUGCUCGUGAUGUACUUUGGUGUUGUGGGUGUUGGAAUCGGAGUACAGUUGUAUGCCAACCUGAUCAUCCAGGCCAUCAACCCCAAUCUCAGUGGUGUGGAUUUGAGUCUGUUGACAGCUCCAAUUUGGAUCAUGGAUCUUAUUGCCAUCCUCCUCGUCACACCAAUGUCUGAUCGCUUCCACCGCCACCGCGCCCUCUUCUUCUCUAUCCCCGUCCUUCUCCAGAUCCUGGGCCUCUUGCUAACCAGCUACGCGGGCUCAGACGCAAACCCCUGGCCCCGAUACGGCGGGUUACUGAUCGUCGGGUUCGGACUCGGUCCCACGGUCCCAAUCACCAUGACCUGGACAGCGGAGGUUUUCCAGCCUCGCCACGGCGAGGUCGGAGUAGCCGCUGCUUCGGCCGUUGUUUCCGGCUGGGGUAAUCUGGGUAGUAUCCUGACUACGUAUGCGUUGUAUUCAGGAUGGAAGAGCGACUACGAGGCCCCUGGUCGUGAGAAAUACCGCAAGAGUAACCUGGUUAUGAUUGGGAUUUUGAUCGCGAGUAUUCUCGCUGCGGCUAUUAUGGAGAUUGCUCUGCGGUUUGUUGAUGGGCGUCGUGAGGAGAGUGCGGUGGAUGGUGCUGGUAGACGUGAAGUUCGUCAGCGUGGGUUGAAUGGACUUGGAGCUGGUGUUAUGCGGUGGGCUAGACGGGGGAAGAAGAUUGUGAAGUAA